AUGAAAAACUCGAUUUUUCUCAUAUUUUUCUGUAUUUUCUCUUGUUUUUCGAAAUUUUCAACUGGCCAAAAUGAUUUUCCGGAUUGUGACCCGAAAUGUGUGUUUCAAAUUGGAAAUUUGACAUCAAAAAGUAUUGGAUCAUUUCCCAAAAAAUGCUCCAAAGUUUGCUCCAAAAUUUAUAUCGAUGAGACAGCUAAAUUAAGUGCUGAGCAAUUAAAAUAUGUUUUCAAGGAUAUGAAAACAUUGAAAGGAAGAUUGGAAAUUGUGCAUACGAGUUAUAAGAAUUUGAAUUUUCUUGCUGGACUGCAAGCUAUUGAAGCUAACACAUCCAGUGUUACUAUAAGUGGUAAUCCAGGAUUAGAAGAAUUGGGACUUACCAAUUUGACCUCAAUAAAUGGAACUUUCUUUGUAACAUUUAAUGCUAAAUUGAAAAGGUUGAAAUUGCCAAAUUUGAAGAAUGCCCAACUACAUAGUCCAUAUUCUUUCACUCCUGCAGUCAGUUUUGGUUCAAAUUCUCCAAAAUUUUGCAUGACACUUCAAGAAGCCAAAAUUUUCCUCAAUUUCCGAAAAAUCAAUUCUUUCAUGUUUGAUUCAAAAGUUUGCAAACCUGGAAAUCCCACCAAAAAAAUCUGUGUAGCUCCUAAAAUUGGAUGUGAAAAUCUGGUGGGAGAUUUGAAGAUUGGGCCGAAAUUCGAUUUCAAAAAAGUGAAAUCUUUGAAAUUCUUAUAUGGAAGUCUAAUUGUCAAGAAUUCAAAUUUAACGGAUUUCAAAGUUUUUGAAAACUUAUUGGAAAUUGUUCAACUGAAUACAACAAAACUGGCAAUCGAUGUUCAAGACAACAAGAAGCUUCAAAGUGCGAUGUUUCCAAAAUUACAGAGAAUCUACACUGAUCACAUGAUUGGAGCCAGUUUCAAGAAUAACCAUAAUUCUUUGAAAUUCGAUUUCAACGCUUGUUUUUCGAUAAGGAAUGUAGUUGGAGGACAGUAUAAUCAUUUUUCAACACGAUUCGAUGACUUGAGUUGUGAAGAUAUGGAACGAUUGAAGAAACCAAAUGGCGGGAAAUGA